GUUUAAUUCGUUCCAAUCCACAAUCCUUUGCCAUGUUGCGUGUGCCGAGUCAAGUGAGACCUAAAGUUGCAGUAUCUUGCAGAGAGAACCUUCCAGAGGAUUUGAUAGAAAGACUGUUCUUUUGUAAACAGUUGGAUGUUGUUCGAGUCCUUCCUACUCAGUCCUCAACUUUUACUUCGACAGAUAUUCCCGUGUUAUUUUAUGUAUGUAAGUUGCCUUUAGAAAGUAUCAUACAACUUGAGACAUUGAAAGCAUUUGGAUUUCCUGGAAAAGAACGAAAGAGUAGUCUUAAAGGCAUUAUGUUAUUACACAGUGCUGUAGAUCGUACCAACAAUAUGUGUGUGACACCAGAUGGAUUCUUACAUUUAGUACUAGAUAAAGAAAGCUACGAACAAUUUGGUACGUUUGUUCCUUCUUGUCUUUUGAAUACUGAUUGUUUGCUUCAGAUUGAUCUUCAUCGUCUUGCAACUGGCAAGCAAAAUACUCUAAGAAGUCGUUUAGAGUGGUGUUUGAAGAAAACAGCCCAACCUGUCGAUAUGGCCAUCAGUUGUUCUAUUCCUUUGGAUCAAGUUCCUUUACAAGGCUGUCAAAAGCUAUCCGUUGAACCUACCACUUUAUUUCUUGAAGGGCAACGUGUUCCUUUGAUUCAUAAUUGGUUUGUUCGUUGGUCCAGUUAUAUUCAAAAUGGACAAGCAACAACCGAAGAAGAUAUACAUUCAGAGAUGGAAUUUUUGGUUCAGUGGAUGGGAGCCAUCGUUGCUCAAUGUCCUGCUCUGAUGGAUAUGCAAAGUGAAUUAUCAUGUGACUAUAUUUGUCCUCACUUGGAAGAAAUGUAUUCAAAGGAAUAUUUUCGAGAUGAUUCUUUAUGGACAGAAGAGAAUAUACAGCAUCAACAAUGGCAAGGUUUCAUUGGAUGUCAUGUGACGAAAGCUUUUUGUGAGUCCAUACAAAGUGAGGUUCAACAAAAUAGAGUGAAAUGGGCCAUAGUAUCCUGUUUAUCUUUUGAAGAUGUGCCCAUUAUGUAUAAAGGGAGCAAGAUAAGAGCAGCUUCACCUGCAAUGGAACAUUCGAUGGGUUUAAUCAUGGUUAUAUUGCCUAAUGGAAAAUAUUGGCUUGUCUUUCAACCAAAUACUCAAUCAGCAAGUUUAUGUUGAUUCUCUCGUCGCCAACUAAAGACAAUUGAUA